CUUGUUGCCGCCGGGAAUCAGUAGAUGCUCGUGUGUCUGUCCAACCCUUCUCUUCUUUUCCCCAGGUUCCUCAUCGUCACCUCACAAACACCUCAUCCAGCUUGAAUGGGCGUGACGAAAGUUCAUCAUCUGGCGGUCAAGCCCGGUGCUGGCAGCCAUACUACCGCAUACACUGGUCCCACGCUACUCACUCAGUCAUCACUGUUCAACAAGACAGGUAGUCAAUGGACGAGUCAACCUCAUGCUGCGACGUCGCAUCAUGGCAAGACAUGUUCAAGUCGUGCUCCAACAAGCCCGCUGGCCACCACCUCGCUAGGUACAGCAACCUCAGCCCCGACUACGCCCCGCCACGUCCAUGCACAGCGUAUGCCACUGAGCGAGAGCACACGGCAGCCUUGUACGGCGCCCAUGACUCCGAUCCAGCAGCAAAUCAAGUCACUCGUCGGACCACAGUUCAAGAGCCAGCGCAAAAGACUCAGACGCAAAGAAGUGCACGAGCGACGCCUUGUAGCUGAAGCAGCGAAAGCGGCGGCCGUUCGGUCUCGUCUUGAGGCUCAAUGGAGGAUGGAAUCCAGACAGCCAACUUCGCCCACGCCGUUGAGGCCACAGGUGACUCCGACGCCACAGGUUCAGGCUCCACCACCGCCACCAUCACCGCCUGCUCCUCCUCCUCUACGUCGCAGCGCAAGGCUAGCUGCGAAGCGAGCAAGGCUACAAGGAGCAAAGGACGAGUCGGCACCAGACGCCAAGCCCGUGAAGAUUGUGACUGAGAAGGCAGUGUCAGUGACUCCAUCCUCGGCAGCGCCCCCAGCAGCACCUGAACCAGCACUGGUAGCCGCACCGAGACCAGCCUCAGCAGCGCCAGCUCUACCACCAUUGGACAGGCUCGCAGCAGCGAGCGCUAGUCCUACUGCGCCUGAAGUGGCCCCGUAUCCUGCUCGCGUACCCCUCAGGGGACCACUCUCGAAGCUUCCUCCCACUCACCCUCUGCUCGCCGGACGUUACGCCCGAGACCCGGAGUAUGCCCAGCCCAUCCUCAUCACCACGCGCAAACGGUUUCCAGCCGAUCCCAUCGCGUCUGGCCUUGAUCCGGCUUUUCAUCUUCAGGCUCGACCACAACCGCCGCAGCAGAAAGCACAGCUAGCCAUUGCUUCGCAAAGUGCCAUUUAUCGCUGUUGCCCGGUACUGCAAAACACUCUGCCCGGGUCGAGAAGGAGGGACUUGCUUGACGCAGGGAGGGUACUGGGAUGAAUGGUGGGUGAUGGUGCCGACAAUCAGCAAGAGGGGGAGCAGGGAGGAGCAGUAUAGCUUGUCAGAACGUCAAAGCAGCGCAGAAUUGCAGAAAGAAAU